AUGGCCGUACCGCCGCCCGCGCUUGAUGAUCUGCCUCGACCUUUUACGCUUUGCCUUUACCGACCCGCGGCCCGUUGGCUUUUUUUCAGCCUAGCCCUUUCAAGUGAAGGGGCUCCUGUAAUUAAACGCAAAACGUCGUUCCGAGAAGCAUUAGGCAUGAGCCUGUAA